CGCGCACUGCCCGCCUUCCCAGGCCUGGGGCGGGCCCGCGCUCUCAACGCGGUCGAUCCCCGGGCGAUUGCUUCUGUCUUGUGUGUAGAUUAAGUUGCGCGAGAGGAACCUCGGAGGCGGCCGGAGCUCAGGCUAGAGGUUGGCUGGUUGCUGAACGCUGCCCCAGUGCCGGUCGGGCCAUGGGCGAGCCCGACCCCUUGGUCUCGGGGCAGCUCGCGGCCCGCCGGAGCUGGUGCUUGCGGCGGCUGGGGAUGGACUGCGAGUGGCUGCAGCUGGAGGCUGGGACUGAGGUGACCAUAGGACGGGGACUUAGUGUCACAUACCAGCUGAUAUCAAAGGUUUGCCCUCUGAUGAUUUCCCGAAGCCACUGUGUUCUGAAGCAGAAUCCUGAGGGACAGUGGACCAUUAUGGACAAUAAGAGUCUGAAUGGUGUUUGGCUGAACAGAGAACGUCUGGCACCAUUACAGGGUUAUUGCAUCCGUAAGGGAGACCAUAUCCAGCUCGGUGUGCCGCUGGAAAGCAGGGAGACGGCGGAGUAUGAAUACGAAGUCAUUGAAGAAGACUGGGAGAGUCUGGCUCCCUGCCUUGCCCCGAAGAAUGACCAGAGAAUGGAAAAACAUAAAGGCUCGAGAACUAAGAGGAAAUUCAGUUCGCCUGGGUUAGAGAAUCUUCCAGCCGAGGGCUCCUCAGAUCUCAGAUGCCCACUGGCUAAUGUCGCCAGUAAACCCAUUGAGCCAGAGAAGUUGCAUGGCAAAGGUGACGCAUCGAGUCAGUCCUUGGGAUGCUUGUGUCCUGGGCUGACUUCUCUGAAGGCGAGUGAGAGGGCCGCCGGGCCUCAUGCUUGCUCUGCUCUUCCAAAGGUCCUGGAACUCAGUUGUCCUAAGAAGCAGAAGGCCUGCAGACCAUCAGCAUCUCAGAACAGCUUAGAACUGUUUAAGGUGACCAUGUCCAGGAUGCUGAAGCUGAAAACACAGAUGCAGGAGAAGCAGAUAGCUGUCCUAAACGUCAAGAGACAGACUCGGAAGGGGAGCUCAAAGAAGAUCGUGAGGAUGGAGAAGGAGCUGCGAAACUUACAGUCUCAGCUGUAUGCAGAGCAGGCUCAGCAGCAAGCCAGAGUGGAGCAGCUGGAGAAGACUUUCCAGGAGGAGGCACAUUACCUCCAGGGUUUGGAGAAAGAGCAAGGAGAGUGCGACCUGAAGCAACAGCUGGUGCAGGCCCUGCAGGAGCAUCAGGCUCUAAUGGAAGAACUAAAUUGCAGCAAGAAGGACUUUGAGAAAAUCAUUCAAGCCAAGAACAAAGAAUUGGAGCAGACCAAGGAAGAAAAGGACAAGGUGCAAGCGCAGAAGGAGGAGGUUCUCAGCCACAUGAACGACUUGCUGGAGAACGAGCUCCAGUGCAUUAUCUGCUCGGAGUACUUUAUUGAGGCUGUCACCCUGAACUGUGCCCACAGUUUCUGCUCCUUCUGUAUCAAUGAAUGGAUGAAACGGAAAGUAGAGUGUCCCAUUUGUCGAAAGGACAUUGAGUCCAGAACCAACUCCCUGGUUCUGGACAACUGCAUUAGUAAGAUGGUGGAUAACCUAAGCUCAGACGUGAAGGAAAGAAGAAGUGUCCUUAUUAGGGAACGGAGAGCAAAGAGACUGUCAUGAAGGUCACGCUGCAAGGACAUGUGAGAGACUCUAGGGCGAUGGCGGCUUGGCUUGUUCUAGAGGAUUCCCUGGAUUCCCUGAGGCUGCUCUGGACGUCUUCUGGAAGCCAUGCGCUGCAGAGACUGAGUUAGGAAGUCUGUGCCACUGGCCUUCCGUCAUGCAGGCCCUGCUGCUACCACCCCCCAACGUGUGCUGGGACCCUGCUCGGACUGCCUGACUGUGCAUUAAAUGAGUUGAGUUCUGUGUUUCUUAAUUUGUUGAUUGUUUUUGAUACCUCAUGCACCCUCUUGACAUCAUUGUGGACAGCUGGGUGUGAGUCCUGUGGCUGUGUGGAAGGUGGCCUGCAUUUUGAGAGCCUGGUUUACCUUUUUAUGAAAACAUGAUGUCAUUUCUUGGGAAUAAAAUGUAUAAAACUCUCAGUUGCUCAGCUGG